AUGUCGCUGUAUGACACGGUCCAGGUGCAUAUGAUUGAGCAUCAUUUCAUCGCACUUCCAGCCGAGCACGGAUAUGCACCUGUUGCUAAGGUUUUGCUUACAAUGGGUGCCAAUGCCGAUAUUCCCUUCGUGAUGAGACCCCCAGUCCACGCCAGUCUGAGCCAUGCUGAUAAAGGAGACCUUUGCCAUGGUCAAACUGGCUCGCUCGCGCGGCUCAUCUCUCUCGCCGGAUUCUACCUUAAUC